AAUACAACUUUAUGCAUUGCUCAGUACAAAAACUAGGUGCAUUGGUAAUGUUAACAACAAGUUCAUACAGAAUCCAAAUGGAUAUUCUUAAGGUGCUCUGAGAGUUGAAUUGUAAACAAUUUCAGUAGUAGAAAGGACAUAUCAAGCCUAAGUAAGUCUUACACCUUAUCCAAGAGACAGGCUGGCUUAAAGCAAAAUGUAAGACAGUAGUGUAACAAUGGCUGACAGGAGUUGUCUGGAAAAGGAACGACAAAAAAGGAAAUUAUGUGUAAAGGAGCCUUGGUAUCAGGACUCAAUGUAACUUGUGAAAAGAAUCUUUCAGUGAUUAAUCAUCUCAUGAAAUUCAAGAAAAUAAGUAUACUGGACAGAAACCUUACAGGGUAGAUUCUGUGACAAGACUUUUAUACCACCAGUUAAGUUCUUACAACACUCAGUAAAAAUGUGCACAGGAGAGAGACCUUACAAGUGUAGAUUCUGUGACAAGACUUUUACUCAAAAAGGCAAUUGCACUGUGCAUGAAAGAAUUCAUACCGGAGACAAACCUUACAAGUGUAGAUUCUGUGACAAAACUUUUACAAACAAAACUUCUUGCAUACGUCAUGAGAGAAUUCACACAGGAGAGAAACCUUACAAGUGUAGAUUCUGUGACAAAACUUUUAAUCAAAAAGGCCAUUGCGCUGAGCAUGAAAGAAUUCAUACCGGAGACAAACCUUACAAGUGUAGAUUCUGUGACAAAACUUAUAAAGACAAAACUUCUUGCAUAAAGCAUGAAAAAAUUCACACAGGAGAGAAACCUUACAAGUGUAAAUUCUGUGGCAAAACUUAUAAAGACAAAACUUCUUGCAUAAAGCAUGAAAAAAUUCACACAGGAGAGAGACCUUACAAGUGUAAAUUCUGUGACAAAACUUUUACUCAAAAAGGCCAUUGCACUGAGCAUGAAAGAAUUCAUACUGGAGAGAGACCUUACAAGUGUAGAUUCUGUGACAAAACUUUUACAGACAAAUCAAAUUGCAUACGUCAUGAGAGAAUUCACACAGGAGAGAAACCUUACAAGUGCAGAUUCUGUGACAAAACUUAUAAAGACAAAACUGCUUGCAUAAGGCAUGAAAGAAUUCACACAGGAGAGAAACCCUACAAGUGCAGAUUCUGUGACAAAACUUAUAAAGACAAAACUGCUUGCAUAAAGCAUGAAAGAAUUCACACAGGAGAGAAACCUUACAAGUGUAAAUUCUGUGACAAAACUUUUACUCGAAAAGUCAAUUGCACUGUGCACGAAAGAAUUCAUACUGGAGAGAAACCUUACAAGUGUAGAUUCUGUGACAAAACUUUUACAGCCAAAACAAAUUGCACAUCUCAUGAAAGAAUUCACACAGGCGAGAGACCCUACAAGUGUAGAUUCUGUGACAAAUUUUUUAUAGACAAAAAAUCUUGCAUAUGUCAUGAGAGAAUUCACACAGGAGAGAAACCCUACAAGUGCAGAUUCUGUGACAAAUUUUUUAAAGGCAAAAAUUCUUGCAUGUAUCAUGAGAGAAUUCACACAGGAGAGAAACCUUACAAGUGUAGAUUCUGUGACAAAACUUAUAUUCAAAAAGCCCAUUGCACUGAGCAUGAAAGAAUUCAUACUGGAGAGAGACCUUACAAGUGCAGAUUCUGUGACAAAACUUUUAAAGACAAAACUUCUUGCAUAUAUCAUCAGAGAAUUCACACAGGAGAGAGACCUUACAAGUGUAGAAUCUGUGACAAAACUUUU